ACUGUACCUGUCUGGGAGUUACGUGGCCAACAAUCAAGUGAUGACGAGGUCAACAAUGAUGCCGAUUGGGAAGAUGAGGAUUCGAAUUCUAAGGAUAACCGAGAACCGACGAGAACAGCACUCACUAAUGUGGUAGUUGCGGCACAUACUGAAGAGAAGCUUCCAAACUAUACACCGCCGUCAUCAACUGGAAUUCAGCGGUAUGAUUUUGUCCCAGGGGAUGACGAUGUGGCUCCAAAUGCAACAGCUCCACCUGGCCUUUCAGCUCGGUACGACUUACCUCCUGGCGAGGAACCUACCACUGCAGUGUCUGACGUGCACGUAGACUCUAAAGGUCCCACACGCCCACCCAAUUCAUCUCUGGGCCUAACAGCUGUCGCCAUCUAUGAUUAUCAAAAGAAUGACGAUGAUGAAAUCAGUUUUGAACCAGACGAUAUUAUUACUAACAUCGAACAGAUCGAUGCAGGAUGGUGGCGAGGUAUCUGCAAUGGACAGUACGGCUUGUUUCCUGCCAAUUAUGUGGAGUUGAGAUAA